GUGACAAAUCAGGGAGGCAAUGGGAUGAGAGGAAUAUCAGUAAUAUUUUAGGAUACUAAGUCAAAUCUAACCAGAGUAUUAUGAUGUAUCAAGAUGAGGGCGUCACGGCGACAACCGUCGUGGACCGUCGGCUGCCGAAGCCCUAUAAACAUUGCAGGGUCUUCGGUCAAUCCCCUACCUGCGAUGGAUCCAGAAGCUGCUUCCGUCCUCUCCCUAUUCUCCGCCGUCGAGCUCACAUCAGUCGCUGCUGCCUCCUCGAAUCGGCCCUUCUUCUCAACCACUACGGCGGAAGAUGACCUCCCCGACCUGUCACCAUCCCCAGAUAGUUCACCCCCACCGCCGGGGAAGCGGAAGAGACGGAGGUCGCAAAAGGAUUCUGGUGAGAGUGAAAGACAGCUGUUAGAGGCGUUAAGGACAAGAUUGGAGCCGGAGGUGCAUGAGACUCUCGCGCGGACAUUGCUGCCGAAUGAGCGGCUUCAAGCAAUCAAAGGCGGUGUAUCGAAAGACGAGGACGUCAAGAGCAAGGCCCUGGAUGAGUCUGAAGACGACGUCCUGUCCGAAGUCGUGAAGUCAGAACGGGGUCGGGAAGACAAAAAGACCGCCCUGGAACAGCUCGCUGAAGAAGAAGAAGCCUACGAACAAUCUCUUGCCUUGGAAGACGACAAAAAGAUAUCCAACAUGGACCUCUUGCUGGGUCUAGGAAACGAUAAAGAUACCAAGUCCGAGCCUGAUGAGACCAAGAUUGAGAAUGCGAUGGAUGCUGUCCUUGGCCUUACUGCGGUGAAGAGUGAGGAUGACGAGGAGGAGCAUGAGAAAAUGUGUGCGAUGACUGCGAUUUUGGACCUCCGUAGGGAGGUCAAGGAAGGGAUGGAGGAAGUGCUCCGUGAGGUUAAGGCGGAGAGUAUGGAUGAGAUACUUGGGUUAGGGAGGUACGCAGCUGGGUGAAGGUUUUGGGAGGAUCAAGUCACUCAAUGAUCCUUAAGGCCUGCGAAGUAGAGCAGAAGCCAAUGAAGCAGUACCUUGGCUC